CUCGUAGCUCUCUCUCUCUGCUUCCUUAGCCAUGGAGAUUUCAGCUGCAUUCUUGGGCGUCGGCCAGGUCUCCACGCCUUCGUCUUUCCCUUCCGUUUCCUUGGCAUCCGCAGCCGCUUGGAGUUGCAGAAGUUGUGUCCGCAUCAUGGCCGCGGGAACCGCUUCUCCGGUCGAAGAAUCCGGGCGGCCGCCGCCGCCGAGCAUUCGUAAGGCCAAAUUCUCCAAUUCCCGGAGGCGUGACUCGAGUUCCUACUCUGCCAGACAAUCCGCCGUCGUUGAGGUUGAAAAAUCCGCCGACUUGGAAUCUGCUCUCCAAAGACUAGGAGGGGUUUUGAAGGUGCAGGACUUGAAUGUCAUUUUGCGGAGUCUUGGAAAUCAAAACAGAUGGAGGGACCUUUCUCUGCUAUUCGAUUGGAUGCAAAAGCAGGGGAAGGUUUCUGUUGCGUCCUAUAGCAGUUACAUCAAGUUCAUGGGGAAGAGUCUUAACCCCACCAAGGCGCUGGAAAUCUAUAAAGCGAUACCGGAUGAAUUAACAAAGAGUAAUGUCAUCGUCUGCAAUUCUGUUCUCAGUUGUCUGGUCAGGAGUGGCAAGUUUGACAGCAGCAUCAAGUUGUUCCAUGAGAUGAAGCAUAGUGGUUUAACACCUGAUGCCAUCACAUAUAGCGCAUUACUAGCAGGGUGUAUCAAAGUGAAAGACAGCUAUGAUACAGCAUUGGAUCUGGUUCAGGAACUAAAUUAUAGAGGGUUGAAGAUGGACAGUGUAAUGUAUGGGACGCUGCUGGCUGUCUGUGCUUCAAAUAAUCGACGUGAAGAAGCAGAAAGCUAUUUCAACCAGAUGAAAGAUGAGGGUCAUUCACCUAAUGAGUUUCAUUACAGCUCUUUAAUGAAUGCAUACUCUUCAGGUGGAGACUACAAGAAAGCUGAGGGGCUGGUUCAAGAUAUGAAAUCUUCAGGGCUUGAACCAAACAAGGUAAUAUUAACAACAUUACUAAAGGUGUACGUGAGAGGAGGCUUGUUUGAGAAGUCCAGGGAGCUAUUAUCUCAAUUGGAAUCCUUGGGCUAUGCAAAAGAUGAGAUGCCUUACUGUUUACUGAUGGAUGGCCUGUCAAAGACUGGGCGUAUAGAUGAAGCAAGAUCAGUUUUUGAAGAAAUGAAGGCGAAAGGGGUUAGAUCUGAUGGCUAUGCUCACAGUAUUAUGAUUUCGGCAUUUUGCCGAAUCAAUCAUUUUGAAGUUGCAAAAGAAUUGGCCAAGGACUUUGAAACUCGGUAUCAGAAAUAUGAUGUGGUUAUAUUAAAUACAAUGCUUUGCGCAUACUGCAGAGCUGGUGCAAUGGACAAUGUUAUGAAAACAAUGAGGAAAAUGGAUGAAUUGACAAUUGCUCCUGAUUACAAUACCUUCAAUAUCUUAAUCAAAUAUUUCUGUAAGGAGAAGCUAUACCUACUUGCUUUCCAAACUAUGGAGGACAUGUGUCGGAAAGGCCACGACCCAGGAGAGGAACUUUGUUCUUCUCUAAUUUUCCAUCUUGGGAAAAUGAAAGCUCAUUCUGAAGCAUUUGCGGUGUACAAGAUGUUGAAAUAUAGCAAAAGAACAAUGUGCAAGGCUCUUCACGAGAAGAUCUUGCAUAUUCUUAUUUCUGGCCGGCUUCUCAAGGAUGCUUAUGUUGUUGUCAAGGACAAUGCAAACUCUAUUUCCCAGCCUGCUAUAAAGAAGUUUGCGAAUACAUUCAUGAAGCAUGGUAGCAUUAAUUUGAUUAAUGAUGUUAUUAAGGCUGUCCAUGCUUCUGGAUACAGAAUUGAUCAGGGACUACUUGAAACGGCUGUAUCGCGAUAUAUUGCAGAACCUGAAAAGAAGGACCUACUUAUCAACUUGUUGAAAUGGAUGCCUGGACAAGGUUAUGCUGUAAACUCUUCCACAAGAAAUGCCAUUCUUAAGAACUCUCAUUUGUUCGGUCGCCAUCUUAUUGCUGAGCUCUUGUCCAAGCAACGGCAGUUGUCAAAAAGUGUGAAGUCUUAGCUGUUGGAUAAGUGAGAUUGACACUAAAGGAGGAGAGCUAAUCCAAUAUACAAUGGGCGAUAAA